UCUCGUUCGGCCAGAAGAAAACUAUAGCGCAUCUCAAUGGACUUACUACAGGAGAUCACACACCUAUCGGGAUAGCAUCCACAUUUACUACGGGUUCCUAAUGUUUCUGAAAGAACGACUACACUACAGAUAGAGGGCGAGUGAAGACUCUCCUGGGGGAUGACGGACCUGGAGGCAUCGACAGUGGGGGAACCCCCUCCCCCAUAUAUGAUCUUCCUCCUGGUCUUCUUCUUCUUCAUCACGGGCCUCCUGGGCUUCCUGGUCUGCCACCUGCUGAAGAAGAAGGGCUACCGCUGCAGGACUGGGGAGGAGGAGGACGAUGAAGAGUGUGAGCAGAAACUGGGACCAGACAAGAAGGAUGAUGAAGAAGAGGACAAUCAAGACACAGUUGAACAAAUCCUGAAGUGCAUCAUUGAAAAUGAAGGCAAUAACUCAGGACACAACACAAUAGAUACUACAUUUUUGUCAAUAUCUUUGGCACUUCAAUACUGCAAUUUAAAUUAUGCUUAGCAAAAGUGUGUAAUUUUUGUGUUCUGCCUUCUAGCUAACAUGGAAGCCUUCAAGGAUAUGCUAGGAAAACAGGAUAUAUGUCAACAUCAUGAUCCUAGGUUACUGCGCAAAGAUAGCCUGGGGGGAAUUCCACCUCAUCACCACACAGUGCACUCUGGCGCCCAGCUCGACCACAAGUCCUGCACGCUCUGUGUGCAAGGGCGGUCCAAGAAGGCCAGGCGCCGGAGCCGUGUGCCUCGGACCAAUAAGCCAAGAACGCCAGGAGAGAGGAGAGAGUCCAUUGUGUUCGCUGUGGGAAGGUUCCGAGUCACCCACAUGGACAAGAAGGAUCAGGGGUCUGGCGACCAGUUGGACCAAUCGGAGGCCCUGGAUAGUGAGAAGGGGGAUGAGGAGGACCCCCAGAGGAAGGAGGGGUACAACCUGCAGAGCAUGUUCAAAGAUGUCAAAACGGAGAGCACAAACGGUGUGGUGGCCACCGCGGCCAAGCGGAAGAAGAGUCUAGUUCUGUUCUCGCUGCGCAGAGGCAGUGAUCCAGUGGGGGUCAAAGUGCCACUGAGCCAGCCUGUGGUGGAAGAGGAACCCCUCUUCAAUGCUCCGUUGAAGACUGCUCCAGUGCAGACCUCCAACCCUGUGAAGACCCUGUCGUCCCAGCCCAGCCUGGGCUCUGGUGCACCUGACGACACUGAGAUGGCCCAUGUUAAGAUGUCCCCCACUAGGGUCACUUUUAUAGUGUCCCCCACAGUGGCUCCCGAACCGGUCUCUCCCAACAUGAGUCCAGCAGGAGUUUCCCCCCUAACGCCCCCGGUACAAGAUUCCCCCAUCACCACCCCAGUACAAGUCACCCCCAUGACCCCUGAAAUAUUCCCCCUUACCCCAGGCUCCCCUACUAACCCUGUCCCUAGCCCCUUAAAUGUCUCCCCUGCCACAACCCCUGUACAAGCCUCCCCUACCACUACCCCUGUACAAGCCUCCCCUACCACUACCCCUGUACAAGCCUCCCUUACCACUACCCCUGUACAAGCCUCCCUUACCACUACCCCUGUACAAGCCUCCCCUACCACUACCUCCUUAAAUCUCUCCCCUGCCCUGUCCUCCAGAAUAGUGUCCCCCUCCCCUACCUCCUUACAUCUCUCCCCUGCCCUGUCCUCCAGAAAAGUGUCCUCCAACACUACACCUUUAAAUCUCUCCCCCACCCCUACAUCCAUACAAGUCUCCCCUGCCCUGUCCUCUAGAAAAGCCUCCCCUGCCCUGUCCUCCAGAAAUGUCUCCCCUGCCCUGUCCUCCAGAAAAGUCUCCCCUACCCCUUUAAAGGGCUACACUGCCCCUACCCCCUUAAUGGUGUCCCCUAUAGCUCCUCAUAGCAUUCUAAGGAAUGCUACUACUUUUGUCAAGGUGGACGAAACCUCACCUUCCUCCUCUCCCUUCACAACCUCAGCCACAGCCACCUCGAAAGGGCCAGAACACAAGACAGACAGCCUUGCUAUUGUCAACGCCGACAAAGUCUCUCCCACUGCGGCCCCUGUGAAAGUCUCCCCCACCAUUGACCACAUGAAAGUCUCUGCCACCAUGACUCCAAUAAAAGUCUCCCCCUCCAGCGGAUGCCCUCUAGAGAUCAAGCUGGAGGUGGGGAGUGUUGCCAUAGUCAAAGCCAGCCCGGACAGUCAGAGGGAAGUCUCUGUGGUGUGUAUGGCUGAGGUAGUGAAGGGGGAGGAGGAGCCUGCUGUGGCUCAGAGCCCCCCAGAGGAGGAGAAGGAGGACGAGGUGGAGAUGGAGGACAUAAAGGACUGUCGGGUCAGCCAGGAGGAGGAGGGUGUGUCUCUGGAGGAGAAGAGGAGAUCAGGACACAGUCAGCACAAGUGGUGAGCGAGAGAGAGGAGAGAGAGAGAAAGAGAGAGAGAGAGCGAGAGAGACUGUCCACACCCCACUGUAACAAGGCCAAAUGGAUAUAUAGCAAUACUAUGGAGGUAAACCAAACAGGCCAUGUCAAAACUGAACUGAGUUCACCAGGCCAUGUCAAAACUGAACUGAGUUCACCAUGCCAGGCUGGCUGAGACUGUCUGGCACCAACUAUGAAGUGACAUGGCUUUAAAAUGACAGGGUCAUACCAGCAAGGCUGUGAUUUAUUCAUUGAUCUAGACCAGUUGUGGUUAGGUAAGCACUGGCACCAUCCAGAUGGAUUGAUCUUAAACGCUUGUAUAAUGUGGCUAACAGCACAGCUACAGUACUACUCUAUUAUCACCAGACAGUGCAAGCCCAGGCCUCACAGACUGUGCCAACAACAAUCAACUAUAACCCCAACAACAAUCAACUAUAACCCCAACAACAAUUAACUAUAACCCCAACA